CGUUACUAACUUCACUCGUUUCAGAACUUUGGGUAUUAAAAGACGGAUUACUUACCAUUGUUCUCUUAAUGGCAAUAUAUUUCUUAGAUUCGAAACCUUUUGUCGAUAUAUUAAGAAAAUAACCUGGCGGUUAAUCUGGACGUAACACCCGCAGUUUAUCAUAUUCUCAUAGGAUUUCAAUAACGACUCUCGAAUAAACAAUAAACAGAUCCUGUCAACAACAAAAAUAUGAAUGCCACCGACGCCGAAUCUCGAAAACCGGAAAAUAAACCUAGUUCUGAGUCUUCGUCGUCGGGGUCCACAAGUGGAUCAAGUGAUGGAGAAGUGUCUUCCAAAACAUAUUUCAAAAAUAACAAAUCAAAAGUUCUAUCAGGGCAAAGGGAAGUCGUAUUGGAAGUAGUACGUGAUCUAUCUUAUACUAUAUGCAAGGAAGCAGAAGAAAAAUUAGUUGAAAGAUUUCCUAGAAAGGAUGGAUCGAAUGAAAUGCUUCCCAAGGAAGAUAGCAUAAAUACUAACCAUAAUUACACAACGGAUUCAAAUGAACACCCAGUAGAACUAACGACAAAGACAGAAGAAUGUAAAAAUACAGAGAAGACUAAAAAAAAAUCUUUUGUGCGAGCUCUCUCCAAAGAUAAACAACUAUCCGCCUAUAGAAGCCGUUCUAGAAGCACACGUUUAAGUUAUUCUGGACACAUUAGCCGAACUCAUUCAGUAGAAAAAAGUCUAUCAAGAUAUAAAAAAAGUGUAUUAAGAAAUCGAAGAACUUCCUUUGGACACGGCCGAGAUUCUUCUACGACCAAAAGGUCUGUCUCCAGGGACAAGGACAAUCGACUAAGACGAAGAAUAGGAUCUAGCAGAAGCCAUACUAGAUCUCACAGUCGAUUUCGAAGGUCGGAAAAGAAGCUUCCAUCAAGAUCUCCACGACGAAUUCGUUCACAAGAAAGACGACAUGAACGACGUCGUUCGAUGUCGUCAGAUUAUGAAAGGAUAGCGUUACGCCGAUCUGAGCCAAUCAAAAGAAGAGAUAAAGAUGAAUUCUUCAAAAACAAUAAGAAAGUAUCUGGCGAUAUAAAAAAGGGAAAGGGGAACGAUAAUGGUACUGUAGCAGAACUCGAGGCCAAGAUAACAGAACGUCAAAGGAAAAGUCUAGAUAUACUAACAUCACGUACAGGCGGUGCUUGUUUAACACCCGAUAAAUUGCGUAUGAUACAAGCAGAAAUUACAGACAAAUCAUCGGCUGCAUAUCAGAGUAUAGCUCGGGAAGCUCUUAAGAAAUACAUACAUGGUUACAUCAAUAAAGUCAAUGUGGAUAGUGUUGCAGUUAUCACCCGAAAAUUGCUUAAGGAUAAUAUAGUACGUGGUAGAGGCGUGCUUUGCCAUUCCAUAAUACAAGCUCAAGCUACAUCGCCAAAAUUUACCCAUGUUUAUGCCGCCAUGGUGGCCAUUAUUAAUUCAAAAUUUCCCAAUAUUGGGGAAUUGCUGUUGAAACGUUUGGUCAUACAGUUCAAACGAGCAUUUGGGUGUAACGAUAAGACCGUUUGUUUGACUUCUUCACAUUUUAUUGCCCACUUGGUUAAUCAAAGGGUGGCCCAUGAAAUUUUGGCCCUAGAAAUUCUAACACUCUUAAUUGAAUCGCCGACUGAUGAUAAUGUUGAAGUGGCCAUAACAUUUCUUAAGGAAUGUGGUAUGAAAUUGACAGAGGUAUCAUCGGAUAGGGUUGGAGGCAUUUUUGAAUUGCUUAAAAAUAUCUUGCAUCAAGGCAAGUUGGAUAAACGUGUACAAUAUAUGAUUAAAGUUUUAUUUCAAGUACGCAGAGAUGGCUUUAAGGACCAUCAAUCGAUUAUUGAGUCAUUAGAAUUGGUAGAAGAAUAUGCUCAAUUCACUCAUUUGCUAUUGUUGGAAGAUGUCACAUACCCGAAAGAUAUAUUGAACGAAUUUAAAUUCGACGAUCAGUACGAGACCAAUGAAGAGAAAUAUAAAGCACUUAGUAAGAAUAUUUUGGGUAGCCAUGCUUCAGAUUCGGAUGGCUCCUUCGGUUCGGGUAGUAAUUCCGAAACUGCAUUAUCUGACUGUGAUAAGGGCAAAAAUGAGGUUAAUGAUAAAUACACGAGUGGUGACAUUAUUGAUGAAACGAAACCAAAUCUGAUUGCGUUAAGAAGAACAAUAUAUCUUACCUUAAAUUCCUGUUUGGAUUAUGAGGAAUGUGCCCAAAAAUUAAUGAAAAUGCAAUUGAAAACUUGUCAACAAAAUGAGUUUUGCCAAAUAUUGUUAGAUUGCUGCGCUGAACAAAGAACCUAUGAGAAGUUCUAUGGCCUUUUAACUCACCGAAUUUGUAAAAUGAACAAGUCUUUUAUAGAACCAUUCAAAGAAAUCUUCAAGGAUAUCUGUCAGACUACGCAUUGUUUAGAUACAAAUCGUUUGCGGAAUAUAAGCAAAUUCUUUGCUCAUUUGUUGUUUACCGAUGCAAUUAGUUGGGAUGUUUUAGACUGCAUAAAGCUAACUGAAGAUGAGGCAAUAACAUCACGUUGUAUUUUUAUAAAAAGUUUCUUUCAAGAAUUGGUCGAAUACAUGGGUCUGUAUCACUUUAAUAAAAAACUUAAGACUGAAGUUUUAGCUGGAACUUUGGCGGGACUAUUCCCCAAAGAUAAUCCCAGAAAUAUACGCUUCUCCAUUAACUUUUUCACAUCUAUUGGUUUGGGCGGAAUAACUAAUGAAUUGUGUCAACUCCUAAAGAUUGCUCCGAAAUCUGCACCCUCGUCCUCAUCAUCAAGUUCUUUAUCAUCGGAAUUGUCUGCACCAUCCGACGACGAUUCUUCAAGUGAUUCGGAAAAUAAGAAAAAACAUAAAGGCAAAAAUAAGAAAAUGACCAAGAAGAAAAAUCCUUCGAAAAAAAAGGAAAAAACUAAAAAAAUUGUAGGUAAAAAUAAAAUAGCCGCUAAGAAUAAAACUAUAAAGCGAAGGACUGACAAAGACAACUCUUCUUCAAAAGAUAAUUUUUUGAAAAGCGAAAGUAGCAGCAACGAAUCAAUAUCCUUAGAUAGUUUAUCUUCGGAAUUGUUUGCACCAUCGUCUUAUUCGUCGUCGGAAUCGUCAAACGAUUCAGAAAGUAAGGAAAAACAUAAAGGCAAAAAUAAGAAGAUGACCAAAAAGAAAAAUCCUUCGAAUAAAAGGGAAAAAACAAAAAAAAAAUUAAGUAAAAAUAAAAAAGCCCCAAACAAAAAUACUAAGAAGCGAAUGACUGAAAAGGACAUUUCUUCUUCUGAAAGUAGCAUCAGUGAAUCAAAAUCUUUAAAUUGUUCGGCCUCGAACCAAAAUGAGAAUGAAAAACGGAAGAAAAGGGUUACAUCGAAAUCAAGAACAAAACGGGUAAAGAUGUUUAAACAAUGUCAAUGGGUUGACGCGGACAAUCAACGAGAUAUUAAACGCAAGAAAAGGGCAGAAUAUAGAUAUGAACCUCUUGUAUAUAGAAAAAGAAAUGAGGAAUAUUUAAAGAAGGGCGGACCAAAUUGCAGGAAAGAUAACUAUGGUAAUAGGCAGAAUCAUGAAAUAUCACAACGUCAUGAUAGUGAAAUUAAAAGACGCCGGGAAGAGCGAAAAAAACGCCACCAUGAAAAAAAUCACUCACGUGAAUAUAAACGUUCUAAAUUAGGGCUCUGCCAGAGGGAAUAUUUUUUAUAUAUGUGCUGUCAGUUUUAUUAUCCAUGUACAUUUCAAUGUUUAUGUCAAAAUUGUCAUUUUACAUUCUACUCCUAAUUCUUGCUAUCAAACACUUACAUAUGUUUUAUUUCCUUUUUAUAUCAUAGCUAUUUUAUUAUUUUUUUGGAACAAAUUCAUAUAUAUUAUGCAUCGAGUUUCAUCGCAAGUUUAAUUUUAUGUGUUAUCACACAACAAACUAUAAAAGAAAUUACUAUAAAAAAUUAAUAAAACCCACGGCCCACUAAACGCGUCAUCGAUACAACAACCACAAGCAGAGAGGAAAGAAACAUGAAAUGACGGAAAGACUUAUUUCUUUUUUUCAUUUGACAACUCUUUUCUUUAUAAAAGUAUCCAUUUCACUUUUUCAAAAGAAUCGAAUUGAACAACGGGAAUAUGACAAACCAUUAAAAAAAUAAACUUCCGGUGUCGGCCUCAAUUGAUGUAAAAAUUUCCAAGAACUCUUUCUGAGUAACGUAUAGAUAUGUGCGCUAAGUAACAGACGUGUAUGAAUUGUUAAAUAAAAAAAAAUGUUAAUAAAUAUUUUAAGACUGGUAAUCUAAACCCUUACAACAAUA